AUGGCUGGUCCUGUUGAAGUUCUCUCUAUGCACCCACACGCCCUUGACACUCCUCCCCGAACGCCUUACAAAGGCUUUGAUAGCCUCAAUUCUGGCAAGGAGAGCCCUAGAAAAUUGAUUGGAAAAUUCCCAACGGAUUCCAGUCUUGGAGACGUGCUCUACGAUCCUUCUCCAAGUUCACUUUCUUCACCCCGACCUCGUGAUGAUUCCAAUCAAGAGGUCAUGCCUGAAGACCCCUUUGAUAGUCAGCACAAUCGCAUUCUGUUUGAUGCAAUUGAUGCCCUGCAGUCCUUUGGGGCCGGUGACUUGAGCAUCCCUCAGCUCAUUAUUGUGGGAGGACAAUCCUCUGGAAAGUCGUCUCUGCUCCAAAGCUUGACAGGAAUCCCUUUCCCAGUCGACAGUGGCUGCUGCACCCGGUUUCCCACCCGCAUUGUCUCUCGUCGCACAGAACCAGACAGUGACGACUCAUUCCGCAUUACUAUUGAUCCUGCUGAAGUUGAUGUUCCUGGUUUGGAUCCUGCAUCUGACAACAUCAAGAACUAUGAGUGCAGCGGCAAGAUCCUCACCAAGGAAAGAUUUGCCAAGGUCAUCGACGAGAUAUCCUCUGAGUUCAUGGGCCUUCGAACUGGUCUAGGAGAAGACAGAAAGAACUUCGUAGCAGAGGUGCUCAAGAUCGAGCUGUCAGGGCCCCACCGCUCCUAUUUCAGUAUUCUCGACCUUCCUGGCACAUUUCAGAAUGCUUCUGCCGUUAACGAGACAGAUCAAGCCAAGGUCGAGGCUAUGGUCAAGGAGUACAUGAACAACGAAGAUAAUAUCGUUAUCUGCGUUAUCGAUGCACCUACGGACUUUGAUAGACAGGAGAUUUUGAGACUCGGACGCCUAACUGGUGGCUGGUUCCUGGUUCGCAACCGAGCAGACAAAGAUCCUGAUUCUUUCGAUCUCAGCGCCGCAGAGAAGAAGCUAUUCAGCAAGAGCCCCUGGAACUCUGUUUCUCAAAGCCGCUUGGGCUCAACUGCAGCCAAGUCAUAUCUUGGUACCCUUUUGAGCUCCAAGAUACGCGAUUGCUUCCCAACACUCCGCAGUACAAUUCAGCAUAACCUCGAAGAGAGACUACACGAGAAGACUAUGCUUGGAGAGCCUCGCACUAGCCAUGCCGCAAGACAGCAAUUUGUUGUCGCUACUGUCCGAAAAUAUGAAGAGAUGGCGCAAACGGCUCUGGACCGUCCAGGAUUUCUCGACCACAGCAUGGAGCUUCGCAGAGAAGUCAGUCGCUUGAAUGCUGAAUUUGACAAGUUCAUGCGAGCGCGAGGCGGUACCUGGGAGUUUGAGGAUAUUGACGUUGAUCCUCGCGUGCUGCUAGAUGAACAUAUGAAUCUUGAGACACAGGCGAGGGCCGAGGGAAAGCGAUUACCCCCGCGUGUUCGUAAUGUCAAUAAACCGAAGAUCGAUGCUUCACUUGACAAGGCAUUCCCGGGAUUGUCACACACUCAAGACACAAGAAAUCUUAUGGGUGCCAUUCAAGACAAGCUGGCGCUCUAUCAGGGAUCUCUUCUGGAUGGAAUCAUCAACCCAGAUAUCUACCCAGACAUGUACCGAGAGCAAGUGAAGAAAUGGGGACACAUCGCGAACAUCCACCUUGCGCGAGUCGCACAAGCAGUCAGUCGAUGCACAGCCUCCAUUCUCAACGACGUCUGCCCUCAGGAAAGUGACACGUCAACUCUGUCGAGGGAGUUGACCACGCUCUUGGAAGCUUCGUGGAAAGAAUCCAUGCAAAGAACUGAAGACUUGUGCAAGUCUCAGUGCGAGAUGGAGACAAAGUGUGUGCGACUGCAGUCCACUGGUCCUCGCUUUGGGGAUGAGAUCCAUGGUUGGAGAAUCUUGCGAUUCUAUGAGGGAUUCGCCAGUGUUUCGCAGGAUUGCGAACCGGGGCAACUUGAUCUUGCCAAGUGCUUUGAAUCCAUCCAUCCAAGUCUGGGCAUGAACAUGGCUGUUGAUGUCCACGAUGUUCUCAAGGUUUAUUACAAGCUCUCCCUGGACGCUUUCAUUCGUACCAUCAACAACACUGUUAUUGAAUCGUUCAUCUCUGGUCAAGACGGGCCUGUUCUGGGUCUUAACACCAACCGCAUUCUUAGUCUCUCGGAAGAUGAGAUGGAGAUUGUUGGUGGGGAGAAUGAGAACACUGCCAGGAGACGUAAAGAGCUGGAGCAUGAUAUUGAGAAGCUUCAAGGUGCCCUUACUAUCGUCGAUAGGGCGACUCGACAGACAUCUGCCUUGGAGAGAAAUUGA